AAGGUGAGAAAAAGGCGUCCUUCAUCAGUAAGUCCUCACUAUCGUAUCAUUUAAUACAUAUGUAUUCUAAGAUCGACCAGAUUGUAUCAUGGAAGUUUACGACCAGAGUGAAGCCUUCAUCGAGAAGGAUGGCGAUCUAGAGUUUUCUCAUACGAAAGUCGUCCUGAGGGCAGAGGACAGAUUUUUUUAUGGCUCAUCCCAACGUCGCUUGUUACCGGGCUCUACUUUCGAUCUCCCUCCUUCAGAGCUUACCGAAAUCCCUCUGGACAAGAUCUGGCCGCGAGUCAAUUCCAAAUUGACUGAAGCUCCCAAGCCAUUGCCUCCAGGCUGUUAUGUAAAACAGCCAAGACUGAUCGAAUAUGGCGACACUGAGGCAUCCCAGAAUCCAGGCGCUCAACUUUUGCACGAAGCAAACAUAUGUGAGAUUUUAAAAGAGUCUCCUCAUCCGAACAUUGCUCAAUAUCUCGGCUGCAUUAUUGAAGAUGAGAGGCUUAGAGGGCUGUGCUUUGCCAAUUAUCCCAAGAACCUCUUUCAAGCCGUGGAAGAAGAUGCAAGCACUCUAGACAUAGAGAAAUGCAUAAACGGUAUCGAAAAUGGUAUACAGCAUCUGCAUGGACUGGGACUCGUCCAUAAUGACAUAAAUCCGUCAAACAUCAUGAUAGAUGGGGAUAUACCGGUCAUCAUCGACUUCGACUCAUGCAAAUCAGAAGGUGCACCGCUGGGCGUCAAGGGAGGGACAACUGGAUGGAGUUCACGCGACACAAAAUUUGCUGAAUGCGAAAAUGAUAUUGAUGCACUGUCUAAGAUACGAAACUUCCUAAAGACAGUUUUCAAAAAUAAUUGAACAUCAUCUCGCUAUCUCAUAUAUGACGAGGAGGAGCCCCAGAUUGACUAUGAUGGGUGGGCAUCCCAGAUACAGUAGGAGGAGGGCGAACACCAGAUCGAGCAUGGCGAGGAAUCUCAGGUCGGGUUAUACAUCUAUCAGAACAAUUAGAAACUAUCAAGACCAGAGUAACAUAUAACCUCACUUGAUUUAUCGCGCUGAC